CGGCGCGCAGGCGCGUGGGGCGGGAUUUAGCGGCAGGGUCUUAGGGCCCGUGGUAUCGCUGGCGCCGCAGCGGGAGCGGAGCGGGGCGGGGCGGGGGCUCGCUCGUGGCCGUCGCCACCGUCGUCAUGGAGACCGCGGAUGACGCCGGGAACCGGCUGCGCUUCCAGCUGGAGCUGGAGUUCGUGCAGUGCCUAGCCAACCCCAACUACCUGAACUUUCUUGCCCAAAGAGGAUACUUCAAGGACAAGGCCUUUGUCAAUUAUCUGAAAUACUUGCUUUACUGGAAAGAGCCAGACUAUGCCAGGUACCUGAAGUACCCCCAGUGUCUGCACAUGUUGGAGCUGCUUCAGUAUGAGCAUUUCCGGAAGGAGCUGGUGAAUGCCCAGUGUGCCAAGUUCAUUGAUGAGCAGCAGAUCCUACAUUGGCAGCACUACUCCAGAAAAAGGAUGCGGCUGCAGCAGGCCCUGGCAGAGCAGCAGCAGCAGCCACCGCAGCCCAACAGCAGCGGCAGCAGUAGCGCCUCCUCGGCAGGGAAGUGAGGGAGGGUGGGAGGGAAGGAGCCCCCGGGCUGAGGCUAGCUGACUCUCCAAACCACUGGGAGGGUUCUUAUUCUCAUUUCCAAACGGGAGCAAAGUAAAGUUCUUUGUCAGAAGGCUCCAACAGGUGAGCCCAAGUGUCUGAUGCCGUGGGCCUGUUGGUUGGCCUAGGCCCCGGGGGUCUCCUGGAUCCGGGACAGCCCUGGGGCUAAGGGGCCCAGGAAAGGUUGAGAGGGGAUCUUGGGGCUCUGUAAACCACCCACAGGAAUAAAGAAGGCAGCCCUGCUACCAUUUAUAAAGGGUGCUCUAUUUGCAAAACA